AUGGCGCUGAGGGGGGUCUGGCAGCUGCAGAAGCUCGUGGUAAACUACUGCGACUGGGGAGGGAGCAGCAGGGGCAUCAGGGACUUCAUGGAGGCACAUCUUCCAGCCUUUAAGGAAAAGAAUCCACACUUAGAAGUGGUGACAGAGCUUGUCCGUGGUCAACAUCCUAACUUGAAGGGAAUUUACAGUAAGAUCUUGGUUACUUUCCUUUUCCAUUGCAAUUUAUGA